AUGGACAGCGAAUAUUUGAACUACGGAACUUGGUUAAGAUCGGUUUCGGCCGACAUUUUCUCAGACGAGACGAAGGACGAGACAAAAGCAAAAGUUGCAGUAUUCAUAUCAAAGCUAGAAAAGCUUCACGAACACGCGUACGACCAGAGAGAGAUGUACAUGCAAGUCAUAUACGAGCAUAUAAUCGACAUAUCAGAAGUCAUUCGCAUGGGACAUUCAUUUCUCAAUGUAAUGCCCGAAGAGCACAUUAUGGACUCUUUAAUGCAGCAUGGCACUAUGGCAGAAUACGUUGCUUUCAUAGGCCCGGAGGGAAAGGCGCUUCUACCUGAUCAGAUUGUUAAGCCCACUUCCCAAAAAGUCCUUGCAGAUUUGACUACUACAACGGACUUGAAAACUCGAAACCGAUAUGUUGUGAACAUGAGAAUUCACCUCCUUAUGAAGUACACAAGAGCGCAUUUGAAUAUCACUCUGUAUAUGCUCGCAGGACUGGAUGACGACAGCGAUUAUAAAAAUACCUUUGUUCCGUUUUUGAGGUAUUGUCUUGACAAGUUACAAGAAUAUCCUUAG